UAUGGGUAAUAGAUAAGCAUAGGAAGAAGAAAUAGAUGAUAAUCGUUUUAAUGCUAUAUAGAGAGGAUUAUUAAAAAUUUAAUCAGGAUUUUAAGUUUUUAGGAAUUAAUAAGAUGAAAAGAAGAUUAAAAAAUUGGAUGAAAUUGAUAGACCAAAAAAUGCUACUCUUUGUCCAGAAUUUUAUGAUAUGAUUGCAGAAGAAUAUAGAAUAUAAUUUGAUAAAAAAACAGUUAAAAAGAAAUUCAAAAGAUAUCCACCAUUUAGAUUAGAAAAUGGAGAUAUUUAUGAAGGAUGUUGGAUACAUGGUAAAAAACAUGGAUUGGGAAUAUUAUUAUAAUAAAAUGGAACUAUUAUUUAAGGUGAAUGGUAAAAUGAUGCAUUAUUAGAUGGAAGAAUAAUUUAUCCAAAUGGUGACAUUUAAGUUGGUAAUUAAUAUACAUAUGCAAAUGGAAUCAUAUUUAUUGGAGAUGAUGAUUAUGGAAUAGAAAAACAUCCAGAUGGAUCCAUAUAUACUGGAGAAUUCCAUAAUGGUCAUAAACAUGGAAGAGGUUAAUUUAUAUAUAGUGAUGGAAGUGUUUAUUCUGGUGAUUUUGUUGAAGAUCUUUAUAGUGGAUAUGGAGAACUUAAAUAUUAUAAUAAAAUUGUUUAUGAAGGUUAAUGGUUUAAUGGAUAAAUGCAUGGUUUAGGAAAACUUAAAUGGCCAGAUGGAAGAGAAUAUGAAGGGGAAUUCAAAUAUGGAUUAAAAAAUGGUCCAGGAAAGAUGAAAUACUCUGAUAAAUCUGAAUUUCAUGGUAUAUUUGAAAAUGGUCUUAAAGUUGGAAAGGGUAGAUGGAUUGAUUCUCAUUAAUAGCUUUAAGAGAGAGAAAUAGAAAAUGGACAUAUGUUAGAUCCUUAACUCAAACCUCCACCACCAUUACAAUAAUAAAAUGAUUGAC